GUCAGCUGUGGGUAAAUACUGUGCCUCAACUUAAAAGACCUAUUUUUACAGCUGCGGACGCCUUCAAGUCCUCCACUGUUAGCCGUACAGUGACCAUGACUACUUUUGAAGACAUCUUAGAGGAGGCCGGCAAGUUCGGUCGUUGCCAGAUGCGAAUUGUUUCCAUAUUCUGCUUGGUCUCUAUACCGUUUUCUUUUGUAUAUGUGGGGAUUGUAUUCCAGGGCUUCACCCCUGAACAUUGGUGCCGUGACCCGGGUGUCAUUGAGAUCCGGGAAAGAUGCGGCUGGAGUCUUCAAGACGCACGCAGGGCGACUGUACCCUUGAUGAACAGCUCUACAGGGGUGACGUACAGUCAGUGUCAGAAGCUGGACAUGGACUGGAACGCCACCGGUCUAACUUGUGACAAUCCAGAAAGUGAGCUCACCCAGGCCCAGCUUUCUACUCUACCGAUGACAGGCUGUACAGACGGCUGGGAGUACGACUAUGAAGGAAGACAGUCGUUCGUCACUGAGUUUGAUCUAGUGUGCGCAGACGCCUGGUAUGUUGACAUGUUCCAGGCCGCGCUCAGUGUUGGUUUCUUUGUCGGCAGCAUUGCAAUUGGAUACCUGGCAGACAAAUACGGCAGAAUGAAGAGUUUCCUAUUGACCAACUUCUUCAUCGGAGUAACAGGGAUUCUGGUGGCCACGUCGCCCAAUUACAUCGCCCUGCUGCUGUUCAGAGUUCUCUUUGGCUUUGGAGUGAAGGGCGGCUGGAUGGUUGGAUAUGUGCUAAUCACGGAGCUGGUUGGAGUUGAAUACAGGAGAAUGGUGGGAGUGACCUAUCAGUUGUUCUUCAGUCUGGGCAUUCUCAUUCUUCCUCUCUUAGCUUACUUCAUACCAAACUGGCGCUGGCUACAGGUGGUCUUCACCAUUCCUUACAUCUGCUUCCUGACGUACUAUUGGUUUAUCCCCGAAUCACCAAGAUGGCUCCUCAGCCAAAACAAGAGAAACGAAGCAAUGGAGAUCACUAAAGCAAUAGCCAAAGAGAACAAAAAGACACUGUCCAAGAUUAUUGAGACACUGACUGACGAAAACACAGACUCCAUCUCGACUGCAUCUUUCAUGGACCUGUUCAAGACUUCCAAACUGAGAAAAUUCACAUUCAUCCUGAGCUUCAACUGGUUCACCAGUGCUGUGGUUUACCAGGGUCUCAUUAUGAGGCUGGGAAUCCUCGGAGGAAACGUGUAUGUGGACUUCCUCAUAUCUGGAAUCGUGGAAUUGCCAGCAGCUUUCCUCAUUCUCCUCACUAUUGAGCGGAUCGGACGCCGGCUUCCUUUUGCAGCUGCGAAUAUCGUGGCAGGAGCGGCCUGCUUAAUCACAGCGUUCAUCCCCGACAGUAUGUUCUGGUUAAAAAGUGCUGUUGCUUGUGUUGGACGGCUGGGCAUCACUAUGGCUUUUGAAUUGGUAGUGUUUGUGAAUACUGAACUAUAUCCCACCGUUAUCAGAAAUCUGGGUGUUUCGGUCUGUUCCACACUGUGUGACAUUGGCGGGAUUGUAGCACCGUUUCUGCUCUACAGGCUUGCUGUCAUCUGGCUAGAACUACCUCUCAUUAUUUUCGGUGCUCUUGCGUUUGUGGCCGGUGGACUAGUUCUGCUGUUACCUGAAACCAAAGGUGUGCCUCUUCCAGAAACCAUUGAUGACAUCGAAUGUCCAAACAGAAACCGAGAAAACCAGCUGAAGAGUCAACAGCUAGAGAAUUUGUUGCCCUCUGAUGUGACAUCGAACAAAGACGUUACAGCCGUCUGAUUGAGCUGAGACGGAAAACAUCAACCUCUUUAACUUUAUUAUUAAGUGAUGUUACUUAUCCCUUCUAUUUUGAGGAUUUAAUCAAAAUAUACUAACUGAAAUCCGUUUCUCAAUGAUCAACAAGUUUUGCUUGAUGGGUAAUCAAGCAACAACAAAAAAAAGUUCAAAGGACCAUUAAUUGUUCCGAGCUGUAAUUAUUGUUCUCAGACAUUACUAGUAUUUGUUUUCU